UCACACUUGGCACAUGCGUGAUCACAUGAGAAUUAUGAAGUGGCGGCAGACGACACAGGGCAACAAUGCCGAAGGAAAACAAUCGAAGUAAAUUUCAUAUCUAGAUCAUAAUUAUAAGUAAAAAGAAGUUCGUAAACGAGUUUUCCAGUGUGUGAGAUUCUUGGAACGGAAUGACGACUGCUUGGAUAUUACGUCGCAAACAAACAUAACCUGAAUGUAAACUAACCUUCAACUUUCAAUACUUCGACACUUAAUCAAAAUUGAACACGGUGGAAUUCUCCACAUAAGAUAUAAAAGUUGGUAUAAUUUACUAGAAGUCCUUAACAUACUUGUGACUUGUAAAUAAAAAGAAAUCAUGUCAAAACGCAAGUUUGAUGAUAUGGAAGAUAUUUCUGAUAAACAACCACUUAAGAAUUCGUUGGACUCUGAUGAAGAUGAUGACGAAGUAAAUGAGGAUACAUAUAAUAUUAUGAAUGAAAAUGAAUUGGAAGGUACAGAAGAUGGACCAUCAGCACCAGAAGCAAAUGUAGGAUUUACAGCAUUUAAUAUGAAAGAAGAAUUGGAGGAAGGUCAUUUUGAUAAAGAGGGACAUUAUCUUUGGAAAAAAGAGAAGCAAAUAAGAGACAAUUGGUUAGACAAUAUCGAUUGGGUCCAGAUCAAACCUGGUUCCACCACAAAUGUACAAAAAAGUACCAAGUCAAGUGGAAAUCAAGGCUUAGGCGACAGUGAUAGUGAUGAUGAAGGGGAUAUUAUGUUUGAUCCCAUUCCGUUGUAUAGACAAAUCUUAGAAUAUCUUAAACCUGGUGAAACUGUUUCAAAAACAUUAUGCAGGCUUGGUAAAGGAAAAAAGAAAUUAACUACAGCUGAAAGAUGGAAAAAGAAAAAAGAAUCUAUGGCAUGUGAAGAAGAUCCAAAUUCUGUUAACAUAACGAAGUUAACAGAACUGGCAAAUGAAUUGUUAACACGCACUGGUAAUAUGGACAUAUAUCAAGAAAGCUAUGAACUGAUAAAGAAAAAGAUUGAACAAGCAGAUAAACAUGCACACCCUUCAAAACAAGAAGCAGAAUUAGAUAUGUAUGCAGAUGAUUUUGAUGAAAAAGAAAAAACAAAAUUAAACGACAUCGAUAGCGAUGGAAAAACAGUGGAAGCAAGCAGUGCAGAAGAAAGUACAUUAGAGGAGAAUGUAACGUGGGAUCUGAAAUGGUCGCAAGAUGAAAAUGCAGAGAUACACGGGCCUCAUACUAGUCAGCAAAUGCAUGCAUGGGCAAAAGAGGGAUAUUUCAAAAAGGGUGCCUGGGUCAGAAAAACCGGCCAACAAAAUCAAUUUUACAAUGCUGCUAGAGUAGACUUUGAACUUUAUCUGUGACACUUUUAUUCUAUGCAAAAGUGAAUAAAUAGAUACAAAAAUUGAAUAUUUGUCAGAUCACAAAACUUUUAUGGAAGUUGUAUGUUGCUGCAUUUCAAUAAAAAUUGUGCGUUUUUAUGGUCCCAAAGAA